AUGGGUCUCUUCAACAACUUUGGCUCGCUGCUGCUUCUCAUCAGCGCCGUGCUGCUGAUCGUCUCGACGAUCUCGACACCAGUUGUCAACAACCUCUCGCUUGCCACCGUCAAUUCCGGCAGCCGCGUCUACCGCUUCGGUGUGCUUGGAUGGUGUAACACGGCUGGGAUCGAUACCUGCUCGCCCAAGCACCUGGGUUACAACAUCCAGAAUGUCCUCGGCGAGAUCAGCAACUGGGACCUCGUCAACAACAGCAUCAACGGCCUCACCAAGGCUCUGAUUGUCCACGCCAUUGCCGCCGGUCUCGCCUUCAUCGGCUUCGUCAUUGCCCUCAUCUCGCACAAGUUUGGCAACAUUCUCGCCGCCGUCAUUGCCUUCCUUGCCUUUGUCUGCAGCCUGGUCGCCAUGGCCCUCGACUUUGCCAUCUUUGGUGUCGUCAAGAGCCACAUCAACAAGAACAACCUCGGCCACGCCAAGUACGGCGCUGCCACUUGGAUCACUGUUGUCGCCACGAUCCUGCUCCUCUUCUCCAUCAUCUUUGUCCUCAUCCAGUGCUGCUGCUGCCACCGUGACAAGGCCCGCGCCGCCGCCCACCACGACGACGGCAUCCACCACGACGACGGCAUCCACCACGACGGCCACAUUGACGAGCACGAGCUCGACGAGAAGAAGUCUCCCUUCUGGAAGCGCAACAAGGCUUAA